CGGGCGACCGCCCUAGUGGGGACGGGGAGAUAACCGAUUAUUAUUUUGCCGUUUGAAAAUUUAACGGAUUCCUGAAUCCAGGACAUCUGCACACGGCGACCGAGCCAGAUCUCACGCCAACGGGAACGGCGGUGCACGUCAACGCUUUUCCGGUUUCGUCAGUUAAAUUUUUUUCACCUUGUGUUUACAUGCUUUCCCACUUUUUUCACCGGAUAUCUCGCCGCUACUAUCUGUACCGCGCCACAACAGCGGCUAAACCGUGUUAAUAAAACCGUAGACGACCCGCCGCAGACCGCUCGGAGCAAGACCGUCCAGCAACAAUAAAAUAACAAAAUAUCAUAAGACCGACCAUCAUUUUCAAAGGCCUAUGAGUACACCGGAUUCGUCGAACACGACAGACGACAUGGCGCAAGGUGUCGCAAGCAAUGAGUACGAAAUUGAAACCAUAUUGUUUGAUGAAAUGUUUGGAAGUAAGACAAUGUAUCUGGUCAAAUGGAAAAAUUAUCCAAUGGCGCAAUGUACAUGGGAACCGUAUCGAAAUCUGACCAACUGUCCGGACGUGUUAAGCGAUUACGAAACCAAAAAUAAAGUUAUCACUAAAGAUGUUUAUAAUGACGAUAAAUUCAAAAAACUCAACGAUCUCCUCCACGAAUACACCGAGCAAGAUUUGAUUCACAUGAUGAAAAACCAUGUCGAUAAUGGUAUACCUCCCAUUGAAGAGCGAUUUCUCAAGGGUACAAUUGGCUAUUUGUCGACAGUGUCUACCACGUACAGGAGCAGAGGACUGAUGAAGGUGGUGAAGCAUAAUUUAAUGCUCAUCGAAGUCAACAAAAGACGGCAAAGACAAUUGGACAGGUUAGAGAAAUGGCAAGGUGACAUGAACAAAAUAUGUGGAUUUAAUUUGACCGUUGUCAAUAAUGUGGAUUUCGAAGGACCUCCCAAAAAGUUCAUGUAUGUAGACGAAUGUGUGGCCGGCAAAGGAGUGACUAUUCCAAAUGAUCCGCCCGUUUGGUGUGACUGUAACGUAACUUGCGGCGGAAAAAAAAGAAAGCGCAACGGAUGCCAUUUUAACGAUUCGCAAUUCGCUUACAACAAAUCGAAACGAUUAGUCGUUCCCGCGGGCACUCCGAUUUACGAAUGUAAUAAAAAGUGUUCGUGCGAUGACUCUUGCAUGAACCGCGUCGUUCAACUCGGUCCGAACAAGAACGCAAAGCUACAAAUAUUCCGUACGGACAACAAUCGCGGAUGGGGCGUCAAAACGCUGGUGCCCAUCAAACAAGGAACUUACGUUACCAAGUACACUGGCGAAGUAAUCACGAGCACCGAGGCUGAAGUACGGGCCAACAGCAAUGGGCAAAAAUCCACCUAUAUGUUCGAUUUGGAUUACAAUACUGAAAAAAACAAUUGCGUAUAUUCCGUCGACGCAACCAUCUACGGAAACGUGUCGCAUUUCAUUAACCAUUCGUGCAACUCAAACUUGGCCAUAUACGCCGUUUGGAUCGAUUGUUUAGAUCCGAACUUACCGACGCUGGCGUUGUUUGCGUCCAGAGACAUUGAGGUUGACGAAGAGUUGACAUUCAACUAUAUGACCCAAGUGAAUAACAAAAACAAUAGGAUAAAAUGUAAAUGUCAAUCUGAAAACUGCCGAGGGUAUUUAUGCUGAUAGCGAUACAAAUACAGCGAUACGAAGGGAAAUAAAACUUAUACUCGUUGAAGGUUACAUUUUUUUUUUUUAUGGUUGUACAUGGUAUAUAUUUAAGAGACAACUAAUAAUUGCUCGGUAGUAAAAUGUGUGUACACAUUUUUAAUUUUAAUCGUAUUACAAAAUAUGUUCUAGAAGUGACGUUUGCAUUUAUAACCUAUUAUUAAAAUUAGUUUCUUGUUGACAUUUUUAACUUAAUUAUUUAUUUAAUUUAGUUUUAUAAUAUUAAUUUUCUAGUAUGUUGGUAAGGGCGACUAGUUAACUAAAAAUAAUUUAAAUACUGGUUAUUGGUAGAAGUGUGUAGUUCAUGUUAUAUAUUAUACGAAAAACUCCGUUCUCGGAGUAUCAAUAUUUCCAAUACGAUAUAUAUAUAUCAAUAUAACUAGGUACAUUUGUGUUUAAAAUUAUUAGCUACCAGUAAUUCUUUUUUACCUUUAUUAUUAUUACUAUUAAUAUUUUUUUUUUUGUAAUAUGUUCCAAUCUAAAAGUUCUACGGAGAACAUAAAAUAUAAGCUGAUGUAAUAUGUAAUUUGACUUAUAUUUUAUAUUUCUAUAUAC